UAGAGAGAAGAGAGGUUUGGUCCUCCGUUAAUGUUUAGGCAUCGAUGGAGCAAAGGGCACUGUUGGCGUUAGGGUUAGCUGCAUUAAUCAUAGUAGGUAUUGCGGUUGAAGGAGGAGAAGUGAGUUACGAUGGCAGAUCGUUGAUAAUUCAAGGACAACGAAAGCUUUUGUUCUCUGCUUCUAUACAUUAUCCUCGAAGCACUCCUCAGAUGUGGGCAGGAUUAAUAGAGAAAGCAAAGGAGGGAGGAAUAGAUGUGAUACAAACAUACGUGUUUUGGAGCCUACAUGAGCCUGUACAAGGCCAGUAUGAUUUCAGUGGAAGAGCAGACAUUGUUAGAUUCAUUAAGGAAAUCCAAGCACAAGGCUUAUAUGCAAGUCUCAGGAUCGGUCCCUUCAUUGAAGCCGAAUGGAAUUACGGGGGAUUACCUUUCUGGUUGCAUGACGUCCCAGGCAUUGUUUACAGAUGUGACAAUGAACCUUUUAAGAUGCACAUGCAAAAUUUAACCACAAAAAUAGUAAACAUGAUGAAAUCAGAAAGCCUAUAUGCUUCACAAGGCGGACCGAUCAUACUAUCACAGAUCGAGAAUGAGUACCAAUUAGUGGAAGAUGCAUUCCAUGAGAAAGGACCUCCGUAUGUGAAAUGGGCAGCACAAAUGGCCGUUGAACUUCAAACCGGGGUUCCCUGGAUGAUGUGCAAACAAUUUGAUGCUCCUGAUCCUAUUAUCAACACUUGCAAUGGGAUGAAAUGUGGGGAGUCAUUUCCGGGGCCUAAUUCACCAAACAAGCCAUGGCUUUGGACAGAAAAUUGGACUACUCAGUAUCAAGCUUACGGUGAAGAUCCAAUCACAAGAUCUCCCCAAGAUAUUGCUUUUCAAGUUGCUCUUUUUGUUGCAAGGAAUGGGACCUUAGUAAAUUAUUAUAUGUAUCAUGGUGGAACUAACUUUGGGAGAACGGCCUCUGCAUUCACAACGACAAGUUACUAUGAUGAUGCCCCCCUCGACGAGUAUGGUUUUAUUAGGCAACCAAAAUGGGGCCAUUUGAAGCAACUGAACGAAGCAAUUAAGUCUUGUUCAAGUCCUAUAUUGUUUGGAGCUCAAUCUACACUCUCUCUGGGUGAAAAACAAAUGGGCUACAUUUACCGACGAAAUUCAGGAGAAUGUGCUGCUUUUCUAGUGAACCGUGACGAUACGAAAACUGUUGUUGUGAGAUUUCGGAAUUUUUCGUAUGAGCUCAGUCCAAACUCAGUUAGCAUUUUGCCUGAUUGCAAGAAUGUAGCUUUCAACACCGCCAAGAUAAAUGUAGAAAAUAAUACAAGAUUGAUAACAACAAGUAAAAAGUUCGAUGAACCUGAAAUGUGGGAGGAGUUCAGAGACCCCAUUCCUAAGUUCGUAGUGACAUCGAUGAGAUCCAAUAAAUUGUUAGAGCAUAUGAAUACAACGAAAGACAAGUCAGAUUAUCUUUGGUACACUUUCAGUUAUCAACAUGAAUCAUCAAACAGUAAAGCAGUGCUUAAGGUGCAGUCGGCUGGGCAUGUUUUGCAUGCAUUUGUCGAUGGUGUUUUAGUUGGAUCCGCACAUGGAAAUCAUAAGAGGCCAAACUUCAGGCUAGAGAACACAAUUCCAUUAACCAAUGGCAGUAACAACAUCUCCCUUUUAAGUGUCACGGUUGGUUUACGGGAUUCAGGGGCCUAUUUAGAGAGAAGGGCAGCGGGGUUACGGAGGGUAAAGAUUCAUGACAUACAAAAGUCUUCAGAUUUGACCAAUUAUCGGUGGGGUUAUCAGAUUGGACUAAUAGGAGAGAAAUUACAAAUAUAUACGGACCAAAGCCCAAGCAAAGUUCAAUGGACAACUUUGAGUUCUUCUCGCAAUCCCCUUACAUGGUACAAGACUAGAUUUGAUGCGCCGGCAGAGAACGUAUCGCUUGGAUUAAAUCUUAGGUCAAUGGGAAAAGGUGAAGUAUGGGUUAAUGGACAAAGCAUAGGCAGAUAUUGGGCUUCAUUUCUUACCCCUCAAGGAUCGCCUUAUCAAACUUGGUAUCAUGUACCGGGCUCAUUCCUCAAACCCAAAGACAACUUGCUCGUCAUUCUAGAAGAACAAAAUGGGUCGCCCCUUGGAAUAUCCUUAGAUAUCAUUUCAACCGUUUGA